CCGUCUCUUGUCUCCACAGUCCGUCUCUCUCAGUGGAGACAGGAGCUCAUCUACCUUCAGUCCAGUGAAGAGGAACCAGCAGCGCUCACCAUGAUCUCUGUGCUUUCCCUGCUUCUACUGGCAGGAGCACACAGCGCGACGGCAAGGAUUCACUCUCUGAAGAAUUUCCAUACUGCGUCGUCUCAAGUCCCAAACCUUCCAGAGUUUGUGUUUGUUACUUUGGUUGAUGACGUUCAGACCGAAUACUUUGACAGCAACACAAAGAAAGAUGAACCCAAACAGGACUGGAUGUUAAAGGCAACUGAUGCACAGUACUGGGCGAGGCAGACUCAGAUCCUUUUUCGUCACCAGCAGUGGUUCAAAGCCAACAUGGAAAUCGCAAAGGAACGCUUCAACCAAACUGGAGGUGUUCACAUUUUCCAGAUGAUGUCUGGAUGUGAAUGGGACGAUGAGACUGGAGAAGUUAAAGGUUUUCGUCAGUAUGGUUAUGAUGGAGAAGACUUCAUAUCAUGGGACCAGGAGACACAGACGUGGAUCGCUCCAACAUCACAGAGUGUCAUCACCAAACUGAAGUGGGAUCAGGAGAAAGCUCAACUCGCUUAUCUGAAGAACUUCUACACCAAGGAGUGUCCUACCGAGCUGAAGAAGUACCUGGAGCAGGGGAAGAGCUCUCUGCUGAGAACAGAGCUUCCCAGGAUUUCUCUCCUCCAGAAGUCUCCCUCCUCUCCAGUCACCUGCCACGCUACAGGUUUCUACCCCGACAGCGCCAUGUUGUUCUGGAGGAAAGACGGGGAGGAUCUUCAUGAGGACGUGUACCGUGGAGAGGUUCUCCCCAACCAUGACGGGACCUUCCAGAUGAGCGCUGAGCUGAAGGUUUCCUCCAUCUCCCCUGAAGACUGGAGGAGGUACGAGUGUGUGUUCCAGAUCUCUGGUGUGGAGGAGGACAUCGUCACCAAACUGGACAAAGACUCAGUCCAGUCCAACAGAGAGAAGCCCACCGACAUGACCAUCAUCACCAUCAUCAUCAUCGCUGCAGUGGUCGCUCUCGUUGGCGCCAGCGCUGUCAUUGGACUCAUCGUGUCCAGGAAGAAGAAAGCUCAAUGUACUUCACUUCCUGGAAAAGAUCCAGGUUCCUCACAGCCGCUGAGAUCAGGUGAUGGAGGUUCUAAUUCUCCAAGUGAGACGUCCUCCUGAACACAGUUUAUGGAUGAGAAGCAGUGUCACCACAGUCUCCCCCUUACGCUGGGAACUCAUUGAUUAUUCAUCACUUAAAUCAUAAAGUGAUAUUCAGGGUCAGACAUUGAUUGAAAUACAAACAACACAACUGACAAAUAUG